AAGUGUGUCACAAAUUUUAUUAGUAAAUAAAUACUGAAACAAACACAUAUAUAAAAACAGUUAAUGGGCCCCGCACUGGCCGUUGGUCCUCUCUUAGUUUUCUUAGCUUUCUCCUCAGCGUAACCUUUCCUCUCUCUGGAGCAAAAGAACAUCAUAUCAAACCAAGAAAAUCACCAUCUCCAAAUAUUAUAUUCUCUGUAAAUCAAUCUGUAUUGUAUAUCUUCACAAACCCUAAGAUUAAAUCUAUAUAUACAAGAUUGCAUACAUACCCGUAUUGAAUCAGCUUUGGAAUUCUUCAAUUCAUUCCCGUGCAAGAAAUUGGUGUUGUUUGUUUGAUAAAUUUGAGGUGUGAGCAGUUUUACGUUGUUGGAUCCUGUUUUCAUUCCUCAAGCAUAUAUAUGCUAAUGGUGAAAGGUAAAUGUUGAAAAGAAGUUGGUUGAGGAAAGAUCAUAGCCCAGAUCGAGGGAUCUCGAGAUAAUGUCGAAUUUAUAUGGAGAAUAUAAUCAGAAGAUUGAUUAUGUAUUCAAGGUUGUGUUGAUUGGGGAUUCAGCAGUGGGAAAAUCACAACUCCUGGGCAGAUUUGCCAGGAACGAGUUCAGUUUCGAUUCAAAGGCUACCAUAGGCGUCGAGUUUCAGACCAAAAAUCUAGUCAUGGAUCACAAGACUAUUAAGGCACAGAUUUGGGACACCGCUGGCCAAGAAAGGUACAGAGCAGUAACGAGCGCGUACUACAGAGGGGCAGUGGGAGCAAUGCUAGUAUUCGACUUGACGAAGCGCCAGUCGUUCGACCACAUGGCCCGGUGGCUAGAGGAGCUCCGAGGGCACGCGGACAAGAACAUCGUCAUAAUGCUGAUCGGGAACAAGUGCGAUUUAGCUCACCUGCGCGCGGUGCCAACCGAGGAUGCCCAGGAGUUUGCAGAGAGGGAGAACCUGUUCUUCAUGGAAACUUCUGCGCUGGGAGAUACCAACGUGGAGAGCGCGUUCAUGACUGUCCUCACCCAAAUCUACACAAUCAUCAGCAAGAAAUCGCUCGUGGCAACCGAGGAUGCCAAGGCUGGUUCGCUUAAGGGUACUAGGAUUAAUGUUGUUCCUGGUGAGGAGCCUAAUUCUGGUGCUGUAAGUGGUGGGUGUUGCAGAUAAUGAUUUCCAAGAGUUUUCUUUUAUGUUUUGGAUGGGAUCCAUUUUAGGGGAACACUUUUGUUACUAGAAACGUUAAUUUACUGCUCCUACCUAGCAGAGACAGACAGAGAAUUGUGAGUAAGUUGUUGUUGGUCUAGCUGUGUUUGUAUGUAAACAACAAUUCAUAUUCAAAAAGUGUAUGAAUAACACAUCAAGUUUUG